AUGACCACUCCAAACCCCGGUGCUGUGGGUGAAGGGGCUGCUCCAAGCAAGGUCGGGUUUCUGCCUCUGGUCACUGUGGUAGACUUCCAUCAUCACAGAGGACCCGAAGUCGAAAAAUGGUUCGGUGUUGCCGAAGGGCAGGACCCCGCGGUGGAAUGGGACUGGACACUCUUGCCGUUCAUGGCAUUGAGCGACGGUGCCCAUGCCUCUACUGAAGACUUCUCGUAUUUCACCCUUCUGCGACCGGCCACCGACGACUCUCCUGCGACCUCGCUCUUCGGUAUAUCCUGUACAAGGCAGAUGGAUGCAGCGCAACUACUCGUCCGGCCUGCCGAUGUCACGCGGUCGACGGUUCAAAAGGCUGUGGUUGUGAUAGCGGACACUCCCCAGUACUUUGGCAUGUUGAGGGAACGCUUGUCUGUCGUCACCAGUGCAUGGUUUGCCCAGCGUGAAUUCACCGAUACCGAGAUAUUGCGGAGAUUUCAGGAGAGCCUCGCUGAGGAGAAGGAGAGGGAUCAGCUCAGCGAGGAGGUGGAUCGAGACCAGUACCUCGGCAUGAGCCUCCGCGAACUCGUCAGGGAAUUCCGGUGGCAGACCCUGGUGCUACUGAAAUGCUGUCUUUUACAGCCCAAGAUGCUUUUCUUUGGCUCGCGGUGCGAACGCCUUUGCAUGAUGCAGUUUUCUCUCAUCUCUUUGGUACCAGGUUUAUUGAGAAAUCUCCAGGAUUGUGCGGGGCCUGAGUUGAACGACUGCGAGAAGAAGUUGAGCCCGCCGACGAGUCUAAGGACUAGUGACCGGAACUCGUUGCUCUCAUACAUGGGCUUGCCGCUUCAGAUAUUUGGCAAGGGAAGUCUGUUCGGCCCAUAUACGCCCCUGCAACAGCUUGACAUCCUUGCCGACUUUGGAACAAAGUCGUAUAUAGUUGGAAGUACGAACUCGUUGCUGUUGCAGCAGAAGGACAGGUAUAGUGAUAUCUUAAUCAACCUGGACGAAGAUACAAUCAACAUAACCUCCACUUCACUUCGCUCUGCGCUGGCCCUCUCUCACUCAGACCGGCGAUGGAUCGACUUUGUCACACAAGAAGUCAACGACACGUGGGAUGAGACGAACCCAGGACGACCAAAAACCAUGGGCUACCGCGGGAGUGAGGAGUUCAUUCGACUGCAAUUCGAAGAAUAUCUCCUCUCGCUCAUCUCAUCCGUCAAGUAUCACAACUACCUUCUCCAAAAUGCUCACAACCUGAAAGCGACACUUCCACAUAUCGAUGGAGAUCCGUCACAUGACUUUGGUGAUGAAUGGGUCGAAUAUUGGAUGAAGACCGAGAACUACCGUCUUUGGAACUCACACACCGAUUCACACCUGUUUGACAUUGUGGAACCGAAGCACCCCUGUGCUGGGGGUCUCACCGUCGACGACGUCCAGCGACGAAUCCAGCAACAGGUGCAGGACUUGCACCUUGAUGAGAGAGUUGCGGUUGGAAAGGAAGUCUUGGGCCGGAAUUUGGCAGCUGGACGUGAUAAGGCCAGUGCCAUGUUCAACAAGCUCUACGCUGACAUGGAAACCAUGAGAGAAGCGCAGAGAAAGCGGGCCGAAGAGAACAGAGCAGCCCAGGCCUCGUCGGAGAAGAACGGAUCCGUAAACAACAACGGUGACGCGGGCAAGGCACAACAGGCGGUGAGCUCUGUUGGUGCCAAGGCAGGCGCAUAUAUCGGCAGCUGGACGUCGUGGGCCGACCAGAAGCGCAAGCAGGGCUGGGGCCGAUCGAGUAGUGGGAACAGCAACUCGGACAACCGCGUCAGUAGUGGAUGGGGGUUUGGUGCUGGUCGGAAAGCGCGGAGCACUAACUCGCACACGCUGAGCGACUCCGGCAGCGAGAAGAACGGCACUCCGCUCGGCAGCCCGACCGUGUCCUCCCUGGGCUUUCCAAGCACCGAUAAGCUCCAAAUGACGGACGCGCGGCCUAGGGCGAGCCAGGGCAACGAGAACCGCCGGCCGAGUACACAGACGCAGGAUAGCUUCGGCGAGAGCAUGCUCGAUAACGCGGCUUCGGGGGACGACAGCGGGUCGUCUCACGUGGGUAGCCCGAGGAAAAGCACAGCUUUGAAACGGGACAGCAUGAGUUUAAGCGCAAAGAUAGAUAGCCCUACUGCUCCGGCCCUGAGAGAGGGUGGGAACGGAAACGUGGCAGCAGGCACAAAACCGCCAGAUGUCAUGGAGGUGGGAACGACUGUAUGA